AUGUCCGAAACAGACCAGGCCAGCCAUGGUAUGCCCUCGCCAACGUCUAAGCGACGCCGUCGCAGCCCGGUCCACGACCUGCUCGACGACACGGAGGAGCAGACACCGAGGCCGAAGCGGACGGCGAACCACUUCGACAUGCACUCUCUGUCGUCCCAGUCCCGAUCGCAGUCGCAGUCACACUCGCAGACCUCCGGGGCCUCGUCUCCGAGGAAGAGACUCGCCACCAUGGAGCUGGGGCCGGAGGGGAUCGAGGUCCGGCCCUUGACCGAGGCAAACAGGGCGCUCCCGGAUUCCCUGAUGGAGCUGAUCGCCGACAUGGAGCAGAUCAAGAGUGGAAUCUCUGUCAUCUCCAGCUCUCUCCGUGACGCAAUCACGCUCCAGCCCAGGAUCCGUCUCCGGGAGAUCAACUUUGCCGAGCCGGCCACGCGAGACCCCCUCGGCCCCACCCCCGCCGUCGAUACCGUCCGGGAGAUUGUCUCCGCCGCCACAUAUUCCGAGGCCAGCCUCCAGACAGAGCAUGGCUGGAACUGCGCCGUACACUAUCCCCUCAUACAACUAGCGCUGGGCAUCAGGAGGCGCGACGAGGCACCCCUCGUGGAUUUUACAUCAUGCACCUCAGCCAAAAUCAUCAAGGAAUACCUACCAGGCCAGACGUCGUCGAAGAUGGUCGACUUCUGCAUCCUCCUAUCACCCCACAACAUCGCCCAAUCCGACAGCCAAGUCCCUCCCAACACCCCCACCCCCGCAACAUUCUCCCGCGCCGCAGCAGCACAGGCAGCCAACGCCAUCGACGCCCUCCGCGCCAGCCUGCCGUGCCAGUCCAUCAACCACAGCGACUUCGGCCCGCUGCGCCGCGACCCCGUGGCGGUCAGCGUCGAGACCAAGAGGGCCGGCGCCGGCGGCGAGGAGGCUAGGCUGCAGGUCGGCACCUGGCACGCCGCGCAGUGGAAGCUCCUGGCCGGCCUCGUCGGCGAUGCCGGCGGUGAUCUCGCCGCGCUGCCUUUCCUCCCGGCUGUUAUCGUCACGGGGCAUGAUUGGGCGUUUGCGUGUACGACUAGGGAGGGCCGGCGGACGAUCCUCUGGGCGGACUGUCCCUUCGGUAGCACCCGCAGUGUCCUUGGCGUCUAUAGCAUCAUAUACGGCAUUCAGUAUCUGGCUCGGUGGUCAAGGGAGAUAUAUCUGCCCUGGUAUCUCAAGAAUGUGCUUGGGUUGUCUAGCAGGGAGGAGGGGUGA